AUCAGAAAAAAUGAAUAAUCGUUUAGUAUUUCUAAUUUUCGUAGCCACCCUGGCCAUGGCAGUGGUAUACGGGUAUCCCGGGAAGCAGAUGGAUGCCAUGGAAGGUGGCCCAAUGAACAUGACCGAUAUGGAUCCACACGGUAACAUGACGGGCGGCCCAAUGGAGCAUCGUCCGGAGAUGGGCUCGGGCGAGAAAAAGCCGUCGAGAAAGCGUCGUGACGCCAGCGAGGACAUUAAGAACGCCGGACGUAAUGCCAUUGGGACGGUGGACAGCGCCGGUAACGCAGCGGUCGACAAGGCCGGGGAACUUGUGAAAGGCGGCACCGACCAUAUUAAAGAUGCCCAAGCCGCCAUCAAAAUGGAGGCCGACGAUGUGCCGAACAAGCUCGAAAAUGGAGGACAUUAAUUUUUUGCAAUUAAUUUUUGAUUUUGUUCCUGUAAAUAAUUUUCUCAUUGAACUGAAGUUGGAAAAAUCUACUCAAAUAAAGCAUUUCUAUAAAAAUAAAU